AUGUCUGAAACAGUAGUUGAUUCUAAUCAUCCUCUUGCACUUGCAAUCAAAAGAAAUUCGAUUGAAGAUGUUAAACGUUUAAUAAAUGAUGGUGCUGAUGUUAAUUUAUUCUUUUACUCUAAAACCUUAAUUAAAACAGAUGGAGAAACACAUGAAGGUAACUAUAAUGAAAAUGUGAAUACUCCUCUUACUCUUGCAAUCAAAAAGAAUAAAAUUAAAAUUUCAAAAUGUUUAAUAGAGAAUGGAGCAAAUGUUAAUGCAAUAGCUACUCACAAGAAGCAUGUAUGGGGAUCAUGCUACACAGAAUCUUACAAUCCUCUCAUUCUUGCCUUUAAACAAAAAUCAAUUGAAUUAGUCAAAUUUUUAAUUGAACAUGGUGCAAAUUAUAAAGAAGAUUUUUCAGGACAAUAUCCUCUCAUACUGGCAAUUGAGAAAGGUAUGACUGAUAUUGCCAAAUACUAG